UUGCCGUUAAAUUCGGACUACGGUGCUGGCUUUUGUGUUCGUUUGGUGCAAAGAAUGAUAAUAGUGCGCGCGAUGCUGCAGCCAGCCGAUUAAACGCACGAAACUACGUGGUGAACGUUCUUCGGAAGAACGACGAUAAAUUCGUUCGAGAGAAAAGUGCAUUUUAGCAACGCGUGGUCACGCGUGAUCGCCUACGUACGCUUUCUUUUCUUUUCUCGUCCUAUGUAUUUCGCUUUUGCCGCCGCUUCUCUUUCUCCGCCGUAUCGUCCUUUCGAACGUUUCCCCUCUGGCUUCUCCGCGUUCCGUUUUUUGUCACACGAUCGUUGGUAAACGGUUUCGACGCGUGUCACGAGACGAUCAACGCUGUUCCAUCGGAACUCGGCCUAAAAACCCGAUAUCGAAAUUCGAACGUUUCGCGUUUCACGCAAAGUUCUCUCCUCUUUGCUCCCUGUCGUAUUUCGUCGUAUUUUCCAUUCCUGUCCACUUGUUCUAUGUUGAUCGUUUCGAACGCUUCGUAGUAAAAUCCCGUCGAGGGAUUUCCAGUCUGCAUCCUGUAUCGCGAAUCAAAGUCCAUUUCAAAAUCGACCGACACCUGUUGUGCCCUGCUUGUAACGACGCGAGCGACUAGCAUCGCUCCCGUAACUUUCUGUUGUCCCGUUGGCUGCUUCCUCUCUCUCUUUCUCUCUCCGUCCACUCCCCUCUCCCGUUCUCCGUCUCUCCGCUGUUUUCCCCCUAUAUUCUCGGUUUUCUCGGGUUUUUGUGCGUUUCAAAACGAAAGGCAACGCUGCCGCGAUCGACGUUCGUCAGUUCCAUUGAAAGUGUUAUCGUUUCUUCCGCGCGAGUCCUUGUUACUUGAUGCUCGCUUUGCCGUCACUCGUGUUUGGUACCGUCCAGGCGAUAUCGAACGGAAAUGUCUCCGAGAGGGAAAAAAAGGAGGGAAAGACAAAGAACCAACGCGUCCGUGCACGAGCAUGUGCAGCGUAAUUGAAAUAAUAGGGAGAGAAAGAGAGAAAGAAGAGAAAGACGUUGAACUAGUUUUUAGAGUUUUCAGUUUUCAGACCUUUUUCGAAUAUCGUUCGCGUCACAGUCAGAGGCAACGGGGGAACAAACUCCGGCGUAACGAUGCAAACGAACGAGGAGAACCGCGUUUGUUCGUGUUCGCGAGACUCGUCAACACCGCGUCGCGCGUUAGCACGCAUGUGCGCCGCGCGGACACGAUUCAUCGUUUUUCCACUGACAUUUGCGGGAGAUCGCGGGCGAAAGUGAGCGCGCGCGCGUUUCCUGGCUUCAACAGCGCGUUCUUCUCCGUUUCUUUUUCACUCGAUUUCCAGUGUAUAUUGACGCGACACGAAAUCGCGCAACUCGGAUCUCGAAGAAAACGACCGUCGCGCGCGUUUACGAGACGACGGUUACUCGCAUCGGACGAAUUCUUGCAAUUGCGCGUACGACCGUCUCGAAAUGAAUCGAGCGGCCGCGAUUCGCGAACCCGUCGCAACAAAGAGCAGAAACUGAAACACGCUUGACGUCACUGCGAAUCAUUCUCGCCAUUUAGACGAAGUCACGAGUUCAAUUUAGAACGCGAACGAGCCAGUACCGUGGACCCGAUUCGCCGUUUCGUUUUGAAACCUGUGAAACGUCGUUGCGAUCUUUUACACGAUCGCGUGUUACGCGCAUCCAACGGAAACGAAAGAGAAACAAGGCGGGAGAACGUGGCGAACGAGACAUCGAUCCGUUCGCGUUACCAAACACUUUUUUCGAGAAAUAAGCAAUCGAAAUAACACGGACAGAGAUAGCGAGUCUAAUUCUAUCGUCGGUCUGUGACCACCGCCGAGUCGAUUCGCCUUGUUCCGAUAUCGCUUUCAUUACGGGGUCAUUGGUCUUCCUUCCUCUUGCUUGGUCUUUCGCCUCGAGGAAAUACGUAGCACAUACAUACGAGUCGUACACGCCCACGCGGUCACACUCGUACGUUCGCGUUGUCUCGCGUCGCGUCGUUUAGCGUUGCCUGUUUUUCCUAGUAAAUACUGCCCUCUUCUAUCUCUUCAACCUGUUGAAACCACGAUCCUUCGGAUCUCUUCCUUCCUUCUUUUUUCUUAGCCUUCUUGCCCGUUUUAGUAGAAAAUAUACGCAACCGCGCGCAUAGAAGACAAGAAAGAAGGAAAAGAGAAGUUCUAGCGUAACCGAGGAGGAAAUAAUUACGAGGAUGGCAGAGAUUGAUCAAGCGCGUCGAUAUCCUGUCGAACAGAGUUAGCGCCGACAGCCAUUCGAUCUACGCGAAGACGUGGGUUACAGGAGCGUUGAGAUCGCGUCCGCGUUUACGCAUCUACCGCAGAAAGAGAUGGCCCGGGAUACGCCAGGCUCGCCGAUGUCCAGACCGAGAGACCUGGUCGGCGGAGUUGGUGCUACGACCACCUUGACAUCGGGCGGCUAUCACGCUGGCUCCGGCGAUCCAGCGAGCCUGCACGGUCACGUGCUGCAGCAGAAGAUACUCGAGCUACAGCAGCAUCAUCAACUUCAGCAACAAAUACUGCGGCAACAGUACCAAGCCCAGGAGCGACAGUUGGCCGAGUUACACGAGCAACAGAUGCACCAGCUAAAGCUCUGGGAGCAGCAAAAACAGCUGGAAGAGCAGAGGAGAGAAAAAGAGAGACUCGAAGCACUGAGGAAGAAGGAUAAACACGACCACAGUGCGAUCGCUUCGACGGAGGUGAAGCAACGACUUCAGAGCUUCCUCGUGAACAAGAAGCAAAGGGAGGCCGCGGCCGCUGCGAACGGGGCCGUACCUGGUACACCCGGAUACAGAAGCUGGUUGCAACCGCAAUCGGCGGAAUCGGCGGGCGCGGCGAACGCUUCGCAUCCCUACCGGAUGCCACAGAUGCUGCAAGAAAAGUUCGCCGAUGAUUUUCCUCUUCGGAAAACAGCCUCGGAGCCGAACCUGCUGAAGGUGCGACUAAAGCAACGCGUGGAGAGGAACAUGGCCGCGUCGAGAAAUUCACCCCUGAUGACACGCCGGAAGGAUCGCCUGCUGUCGCACCUCAAGCGGAAAUCACUGCUAGCAAAUUCUAGCAGUAAUCCGGAAUCUGGGCCUAAUUCACCACCGACCGUAAACAAUUCUCAAGCGAGUCCCACAGCGGCAGCCAAUGCAGCGGCGGCCAUCCAAGAAGAGACGGAAAACACCGGCUACGGGGGUCCAUUGACCAGCAGCAGUCAGCAAGGUAGCCUGUCGGAUCUGUCGUUGUUCAGUUCACCGUCCAUGCCCAACAUCUCGCUGGGGCGACCUCACGUUCCAUCCGGUUCCAGUACGACCGGUACGAAAUUGGCCACCGUCUCGGAGGCAGAGGUACGCGCGGCGUUCACCGCGCGACUAGGGAUGCCGCUUACCGGACAAAUGUUGCCUGGCACCUUGCCUUUCUACCCAUCGUUGACGGUGAUCGAGGGAGGAGACGCUGCGUCGAGCGGCGGUUACGUUCACAAACAAAUGCAGAAUAUGGAACACCCGUCGAUAACGAACCGGCAACACCCGUCCGCGGUUUACGGCACCGCGACCGCCACGGCUCCCAUCACCGACACGCAAGUAGCGCACGCGAGGCUGCAAAAGGCUGGUCACCGGCCUUUAGGUAGUAGGACUCAGUCGGCGCCUCUACCGUUGGGCCAUCCGAUGCUGCAAGGCGGCAUUAUGGCGCCGCAGACCCAUUACGAGGAGUACCUGGCCGAGAAGCAACUGCACGAUCAACAGCAGGCGCACAACUACCUCAAACAACAGAUUCGUCAAACGGUGCUGACGCGUGUCGGAUCCAGGGGACAGGCGAAUCAGCUGGACGAAGCACCGGAGAACGACGAGUCCGCCGAGGUGAUAGAUCUUACCGGAGGAAAGAAAGAUUUGUCGGAAGAGAGCGAGAUCUCGAAACAACAACGAGAUCGCGAACAGUUUCUUCAGCAGCAGAGAGAUCUGAUGAUGAGACACACCUUGCAAAUAUCCAACGAGUCGUCGACGGCCUACGGCGGAAGCGGUACCGGUGGCGGCAGCAGGAGCAGUCAGCCGAGUGCCAGACCGCUGUCCAGAGCGCUGUCCAGCCCGUUGGUUCACUUGACGCGCGACGCAGGUCCUCAGGGAAGCCAAGCCACCACCGGCGAUCUGUUCGCGCGCGCUUCUUCCCAUCGAUCCACUACCGGUUUGGCCUACGAUCCGUUAAUGUUGAAGCACGCCUGUGUCUGCGGCGAAACGGUUCGUGGUCAUCCCGAGCACGGAGGCAGGUUGCAGAGCGUCUGGGCACGGCUUUCGGAGACAGGACUGUUACAGCGCUGCGAUCGAAUACGUUCGCGCAAAGCCACCCUCGAGGAGAUUCAAACGUGUCACAGCGAAGCUCACGCUCUUCUCUUUGGAACGAAUCCAAUGAACCGACAAAAGCUGGACGUGUCGAAGCUCUCUCAACUUCCGAUCAAGAGUUUCGUGCGGCUGCCCUGCGGCGGAGUAGGCGUCGAUUCCGACACCACGUGGAACGAACUGAAUACCGCGCCGGCCGCCCGAAUGGCUGUCGGUUGUGUCGUCGAUCUGGCCUUUAAAACCGCCAUGGGUGACAUUAAGAACGGUUUCGCCGUCGUACGACCGCCCGGACAUCACGCCGAAACUAACCAGGCCAUGGGUUUCUGCUUCUUCAAUUCGGUCGCGAUCGCUGCUCGAUUGCUUCACCAGAAGCUCGAUAUUAGGAAAAUCUUGAUCCUGGAUUGGGAUGUCCAUCAUGGGAACGGGACGCAGCAAAUGUUCUACGACGACCCACGGGUGCUGUACAUGUCGAUACACAGGCACGACGAAGGUAACUUCUUUCCAGGAACCGGUGGACCGACCGAGUGCGGGGCUGGCGAGGGUCUGGGCUACAACGUGAACGUAGCCUGGUCCGGUGGGCUGAAUCCUCCGAUGGGUGACGCGGAAUAUCUAGCCGCGUUUCGUACGAUCGUGAUGCCGAUCGCGAAGGCGUUCGAUCCGAGCAUCGUCCUCGUCUCGGCAGGAUUCGACGCCGCCGUUGGCCAUCCCGCGCCCCUCGGAGGCUACAAAGUUAGCCCCGCUUGCUUCGGCAAGAUGACGCAACAGUUGCUCGGACUGGCGAACGGUAAGGUUGUUCUCGCCCUCGAAGGUGGUUACGAUUUGGCCGCGAUUUGCGACUCCGCCCAAGAAUGCGUUCGGGCUCUGCUCGGGGACGAACCUACUCAACUUCGGGAAGAGGAAUUGACGAGGAUACCUUGUCAAAACGCGGUCGACACGCUGCAAAAGACGAUCGCCGUGCAGAUGUCUCAUUGGCCUUGCGUCAAGCUGAACGCGCACACGGUGUCGAUGAGCGCGAUAGAAGCUGGACAGAAAGAGCGCGACGAAACCGAGACGGUCUCCGCGAUGGCCUCUCUGUCGAUGCAGCAGCCUACCAAUUUAACGACUACCCCAGAACAUUCCCGAGAAGUUUCCGAGGAGCCAAUGGAACAGGAUGACGCCAAAUGAAGAAAGACGCGAAACUGCUCGUCCAUCGUGUUUCGAAAUAGUCACGAGGCUAUCGUUGCGUUCGCAUCGCUUCUUUAUAAAAUAUGAGCGACGACCGACACGAAGCCGCUGUGAGCUGUGAGUUGGCAGCUGCUGCUGACGCCGCAGCCGGUCGCCGCCACUGUCAUCGUUGCCGUUGUCACUGACGUCGGUGUCGCCAACGCGCUGUAUCGUACGAUCAACGAUAAAAGCGAGCCUUUUUCGCUGCACCUCUUCCGCUUCGCUGUCGCACGUUGUUUGUCUAGCGUAGCUUGACGGAGCAGAAAUCGCGGAGAUCGGGCGAAACUAGCUUUUCGACUAAAUCUAAAAGACAGUAGGUUUAAGUGUUUUCUACGCUUUCGCGUAAAGUUGCCCUAGAAACGCGCGAUAGCGCGCGUUCACACGGCCUCGCCUUACCCAUCCAGUUUUCACGUUUAAUUCGUCGAUCGUACACUAUCCGCGAGAUUGUCAUUAAAAUAUUACGAGAGUUAGUGAAAACGGCCAACAGGUCGAGGCGAUUCGGGGAAUCGUGAUAGAAAAAAAAGAAAAAAAUUAGAAAACAGCGCGUUUUAAAAUGAUGCAUCGAGGGCAGGGGGCGGAAGCGACGACGUUCGCGGUGGCGAAAGCAGACACGAGGUGCGCAGCGACGUUACGCGGAAAAAACGAAACGAUUCGUUCUGUGUUAAGACGGCGUUUCGUUUCGGGUCGUCUUUCUUCUUCGAGCGGCAUAGCACGAUAUUUGGUUGUCCUUUUUGUCGCGAACAAAGGCUGGUGUGAUUUUUGUGAUAUUUUGUAAAAAGCAGAAAUUUCAUGAAGCAUAUAGUUAAUUGAAGAUGUACAAGCGUACGCGAGACUGUGUGUGUAACGUUGUUAUACUUACGAUUAGAACGGAAGAAUGCAUGCGUCCGUGUGUGUGCGCGUGUAGCUAUGCGUAGAGCGUGUAAGGAAAAGGAGAAAGAGAAUAUAUGUAAUCGAAAUAGGAGCAUUUAUUUUUGUGCCGUGCAUUUUACGAGAACACGGAGAAUGCGAGCGAAUCUAUCGAUCGAUCAUUUUCGCCAAUCCAUACGUUCUAUGUAACGUUACGUACGGUUUAGCGUGACAAACAUUGUAUCGCGCGGAUCAAAGAUUUUAGCACGCAGACUCUUGUGUAGUAUGCGCGAGAUAAAGAAGCGCGUAUGCGCGCGUCGAGUACAAGAAAUACAUGUGUAUAUUGGAUGUUAUGUGUCCGCAAGAAUCUCAAGUGUUCGUCGUGUAUCGUCCCAUAUUUUUACCAAAAAUUUCGAAAAUAUCGAGCGCGAAACGUUCUUUUCGGUCGAUUCGUGUCGCCAAUUCCCACCUUCCUAUGUCUCGUGCUUCCCCGUGUUUUACGGCCCGGGAGCCCGUUUCUUUUCCCGCCUUCGUUGUUAUUCUCCUUUUUUCCUCCCCGUCCUCCCCGUUCGUCACUCGUAAACCUCGUCUCCGCGAUUUCCACCGUUUCUUACAUCAAUUUCGUUUCCCUUUGUUCAAAGUUGCGCGUUACCUCGUUCUAGACCCACUCUCUCCUCUUUAUAUCUGUUUCGUGCGAUCACUGUUUGAUCGCCAACGUGGAGACGACCGUUUCUUCUCUACUCUAUCAACUUCGACUCGAUUCGACCGAACUCGAUUCGUUCGACUAUCGAUUCCGGGAUCGUGUAUGGCGAUCGUCGUAACGGAACUUGUUGUUGACAUUUUUGCGAGAAUUUUAUUUGUUUCGGCCAAAGGGACUUGCAACAUUCCGGUAUCGUUCGUAGAAAAUCGAUACAAGUUAGAUGUAAAUCGUUGAUAAUUCGCAUCGAAAGCUGAUUCUAAUAAAUGAACAAGAAAUAAGAAAUUAAACUCGCAGAGUAUAAGAACGAAAAUGGAAAAAAAAGUGUUACAAUUACGUUACUGCACGUGUACGAAUAUGUCCAUAUUGCGUAAGCUUAAAUGUAUUAGUCAUACAUUUUUUAUGUAUAUAUAAAUGUACCUCGUAAAGUAAUUUUAAAUAAAAACUAUAGUCAUUGUGUUACGCAUA